GAAUUUCCGCGGAUAUCGAACGUCCAACAUCAAACCAACUUUAUUCCAGUUUGAGAAGCUCGGACUAACGGACUGAUUAGACAAGGCUAACUAGUGUGCAAAUAUGGAUCCAAUAGAUAACAAAAAUAAACAUGAAGAUGCAGAUCUUGAAGGUAGCAGCUACCUGCUGAACGUUACAGAUGCUGAGUUGGGAGAUCAGUUCAUGCAUACCAGCUCUCCAUUAAAAGACAGGAGUGAAGGUGAAUUAGAAAGCGGCUUCAGAGAUUCUUGUUCUGAUGAGGCCAGUCAGGUCACAGAGAGCAAAGUGGAGACCCUCUCCAAGGGCAUACUUCGUUAUACGUCCCCCUUGCCUAUGCACAAGUGGGUUCAUGUGGGGGAUCCAACUGAUGACGACACUUUUCCACUGUUAAACAGUCCAUUUACUCCCUGUGGAUGCUCCAAUCCAUAUAAACACUUAGAGGACCAAGGGAAGGAGUAUGUCGGUUGUGCUGCGCUGCUGUGCCAAGUCCAACGAAAAGCAGUGAAAAAGGGAUUCGAGUUCACGCUGAUGGUAGUAGGUGAGUCUGGCUUGGGCAAGUCCACUCUUAUCAACAGCCUCUUUCUCACAGAUCUGUACAAGGAGCGGACUCUUCAUGACGCUGAAGAAAGGAUAAAAAAGACUGUAGCAAUUACCAAGAAGAGCGUAGAAGUCGUUGAAAAGGGAGUUAAGCUACGGCUCAACGUUGUGGAUACUCCAGGUUUUGGAGAUGCUCUCGACAACACUGACAGCUGGAAAGCUGUGGUAGAUUAUAUUGACCAGCAGUUUGAGGAGUACCGAAAGGCAGACAUCCGACUAAACCGUAAGAAGAUUCAGGACAAUCGGGUGCAUUGCUGCCUGUAUUUCAUCUCGCCUAAUGGACACGGACUCAGGCUGAUGGAUAUCCAGUUCAUGAAGGCACUUCAUAAGAAGGUCAACAUAGUGCCUGUUCUGGCUAAAGCAGACACGCUCACUCGCUCAGAGAUUCAGUAUAUGAAAACCAGGAUUGUGGAUGAGAUCGAUAGACACCAGAUCAAGAUCUACGACUUCCCAGAAUGUGACUCAAGUGACGAUGAGCUCCUAAGAAAGCACAAUUCUUCCCUUAAGAGAUGCAUACCAUUCGCAGUAGUUGGGAGCAACACAACAGUGGAGAGCAACGGCAGGAAAGUUCGAGCUCGUGUUUAUCCAUGGGGUGUUGUGGAAGUGGAGAACCCUGCUCACUCUGACUUUGUCUAUCUGAGGAGCAUGCUGGUACAUAUACACAUGCAGGACCUGAAAGAAGUGACUGAGGACACGUUGUAUGAGAACUACCGUACUCAGAUCAUGUGCCAAAACAAAGACUCUGCUAAUCGGGUAGGAAACCAUGCUCUCAGAAGCUGCCUUCAGCCUUUGAUUCAUUAUAAAGAGCGUCGUCCUGCGACUCUUUUCCAGCCAUUUCUCAAAAACCAAAGUGUCUUUCCCUUUACUAUAUUUGAACAGUAUCAUAAACGCACUCUAUCAGAUUUAAGGCAAGACGCAAGAGGUGAAUUGUUUUUUAAAAUAGAUAUAAUAAUUCAUCAAAAAAAAUUCAUCAAGCGUGUUUUAGAAGCAAUAACAAAACAAUACUGUCAUUUCUAAUGAGUUUGGAGAGAU